CCUCGUCCUAGGUGCGACGAAUUUAUGACGCCCCAUCUGACGUGCAGGCUCGUUGCCUUCGCCCCUUCCCAGCACCUAUCUGGCGCAAUAAACCGCCUCGCCCCGAAGCCACGUGUCGGACUCGCGAAGGUCAGGAGCGUUCAUUUGCGCUCCGGCGGGCUACACCCGUGCCGUGCGCCUUCGUCGCUGCCGCCGUCUCUUACGGUCCCACUAUAGUACGCUGCUCUUCCCGGGCCGUGCCGUGUGGGCAACUCCCUGCCGUGCGUCUGCGCCAUCGCCGCCUCUCGCGGUCUGCGUCCACACCAUCCUACUGUAGUCCGCUGCCCCACCUCUUCCCUCCCCCUCCCUUCCUCUUCUCUCGCGAAUCGUAGUAGCUCUGGCCCGAUUCCCGCCCGUGGCCUCGUUUCCGAAGCAACCGCGGGACACUAUAAGAAGCAGCGCAUCUGUGCCGUGUCGUGCGGUGCUGUGCGGCGCUCUGCUGUUCGGCGCUGUGCUACGUGGCGCUGUGCUGUGUCCAAACCAAAAGCUGGAAACUUCUCUUAGCCGCUGUCUCGUUUUGCAAAAAGAACCUAGCACACGCGGCGGCGGUGAUUGCGGUGAUCGAGCGAGAACCCGGGGAUCGCCGUGCGGUGUCUCCCGCUGGGAUUGACCGAGGGGCGAGUCGGCAUGAGUCCGUUGCGCCGAGUGGCGGAGAGCGCGGAGGGGGAGGCGCAGGAGGCGCGGGAGGCGCGAGAGACGCGGGAGGCGCGGAAGCACGGCGCGGCGUGGUUCGAGAUCCGCGAGAGGCUGUGCUGCGAGGGGAGGAAGGUGCUGGAAGCGACGCUGCUGCAACUGGGCUUCGUGAUCGCGCCCAAGUACCGAGUUAAAUACGUGAAGGAGGAGUUACACGACGCACCCCUGCACCUGGUGCGGGCGGCAGUGCACGCGCGGGAGCAGUACCGGACAGAGACAGGGCGGCGGGACUUCAAGGUGUGGCCCAUCUGCAGGGUGCAGACGUGCAUGUUCCUCGACGCGCUGUGCGUACCCGUGCCUGCUGCGCUCCUGCUGCCGUCUGAAGGGGGGAGCUACGUCAAAGCUGCUGCUGCUGCUGGGGGUGGGGGUGUAGGGAGUGAGGAGGAGGAGGAAGAAGAGGAGGAGGAGGAAGAGGACGAAGAGGAGGAGGAGGAGGAUGUGGAAGUAAGAGUGCGUGAGAGAAGGGGGGGAAAUAGGAAAUCCAGGCAGCUCAAGAGGCGCGCAAAUCCUGCCAGGGAAUGUGCUGCUCGGAAGAAGCUACGGGAGGCGGAUGGGGACGAAACAGAGAAGGAUGAGCAGGAGGAGGUGGAAGAGGAAGAGAUAUUGAUGGAUGUUCCAAUGGGUGUUAAAAAGGGUGUGAAGAGGAGAGAUAGGCAGCUAGAGGGGCGUGCAAGGCAUGGCAAGGAACGUACUGCUGGGAAGCAUCUAAGAGGGAAGGGUAGGGACACCAGAGAGCAGGGAAGGAGGUGGGAGGAAGAGGGGAGGGCGAAGACGAUUAGGGCUGCGAAGGUGACAGGGGGUGCUAAUAGCUUUGGAGGGGAUAUUGGUGCGACUGAUGAUGGUGGGCUUGGAGGUGGUGACAGGGGCACUGGCACUGAUGGCACAUCUACUCCAACCAUCCCACACAUCCCUCACACUCCUCCUCUCCCUCGCACCUCCCACCCCCCACCAACCCCUCAAAUCCCUCCCAAUGCUCCAACCCCCCCACACACCCCCAGCACGCCCCAGCCGCAGCCCCCCUCCCUGCCACCACCUGCUGCUUCCUGUGCGUCCCUGGUGAUUCAUGCUCAGAGCUGCGUGGCCGCUAUUGUGGAAGCGGCAGAGACAGGAAUGGCUGAGAUGCUGGCGCCUGUUGCUGGGAGGGAGGCAGCGCAGAGGGAGGAGCAUGUAAGGGAGAUGAGGGGGAUUGUAGAGUGGGUGAGGGGGGAGGGGGAGCGGGUUAAGGAGGACACUACGGCGAGGCUGGAAGAGGAGGACAGAAGGUUCAUGGAAGCAGUGCAGGAAAGGAUGAGGAAGAGAGAAGAACGACGCCUACGCAUGGGCGCCAGCCAGGGCUGACGUUUCAAAAAAAGGCACUCUGAGCUAACCCCCCUAAAGAAAAAAUAGUCUGAAAGGUCUUCAGCCAGAAUUUAGGGACUCUGAAAUGUCAGAGUCCGGAGAUGGGCAAAUCUGAAAUCCUCAGGAUCGCGCAAGUACAUUCAGGGUUACAUAUUAUUAAGAAUGUUGGAAAUACCUCGAAGACUUGAGCGUUUCUGAAGUAU